UCCAGGUACCAGUUUGAUGAAUCUGCUUAUCAGAUGUUCGAGGUGAUGAGGUUUACUGUAGAGGAGAUCAACAACUCCUCCACCCUCCUGCCCAACGUAUCACUCGGCUAUGAGAUUUUUGACCACUGCUCAGACACGCAGAAUUUCCCCUCUGUUUUUAGUUUCAUGUCGCAGAACGGAUCAGUUCCAGUGCUACAAAGUUACAACAACUACCAGCCCAAAGUCAUUGCUGUAAUAGGUCCAUAUGAAAGCACUACAACUAUAACAGUGGCUCCAUUUUUCAUGAUGAACCUUAUUCCAAUGGUUGAUUAUGGAGCAUCAAGCUAUGAUUUAUCAAACAAAGCUUUGUACCCUUCUUUCCUAAGAACGGUGCCUAGCAACAAAGACCUGAUAGAGAUUAUUAUUCGCAUCAUUAAGUGGUUUGGCUGGAACUGGGUUGCCUUUAUUGGCAGCCAGGACGACUACAGUCGCGAUGGCCUAAAUUUAUUUGACCAAAGUCUCAGACAAAAUGGAAUAUGUAUGGCCUAUCAAGAAAUGCUUCAUUUGACCUCAGAUUACCAAACAACACUUCGCAAAAUUGACAAGUUAAACGUAAAGGUCAUCGUGGUUUUCUCUAUGCAAGUGAUUGCAGAGAACACAAUCAAAGCAGCUAUAAAAUACAAUAUCAGAAACAAAGUGUGGAUUGCCGGUGAGGGCUGGGCUAUGAAUAAACAGCUUUUUCGUGAACCAGGGAUAGAAAACAUUGGGAAGAUUUUUGGCAUUACAGAACAAUUCAUGUCUUUGCCAGGAUUAGACGACUUCAUCUAUAAAUCACGGGAAAACAGUGAAGAUGACGAAGGCCAGUGUCCACAGCCAACGGAAAAUGUGUGUAAUCAAGUGUGCAAUAAUUGCACGAAGCUGAGUUCAGAAGAUAUAAUUAAUGAAGACCCUACAUUCUCUUUUCCUGUCUAUUCUGCCAUCUAUACUAUGGCACAUGCCUUACACAGUGUUCUACAGUGUGCUGCAAAUGGCUGCAACAAGAGUACACCAGUCUACCCUUACAUGCUUCUGAAGGAAAUUAAGAAGUUGAAUUUUUCUCUGAAUGGCCGGCAAGUACAGUAUGAUGGAAAUGGUGAUCCAACUGUCAGUUAUGUGGUAGUCCUGUGGAAUACUCAAGGCAGUUUGCCACCCUUUACGGUGAUUGGCUCAUUCGAAACAUAUCCAGAGAUUACUUUCACUAUCAACAGCUCCCGCAUACACUGGGAUAACGACGGAUCCGUGCCCUUUGGAAACUGCUCUAUUGAGUGUAAAAAUGGAUUCCAAAGAGAAUAUGAUCGCAAUCACAAAUGCUGCUUUAACUGUAAGAUCUGCCCCGGUAACACCUAUGUAAACUAUACGAAGGAUCCCGCAACUUGUUUUCCAUGCAGUAAAGGGGAGUGGUCACCAGAGGGAAGCACAUCCUGUCAGAAACGCAUCAUCAUGUAUCUCCCCUUUACCGAGCCUUUGUCCAUAUUGUUGAUGGCAUCUGGUUUUUCUCUGGAGCUGCUCUGCAUAGCAGUUACAGUUCUGUUCUUAUACAAUUACAGCACACCAGUAGUGAAGUCUGCUGGAGGUAAUAUGUGUUUCCUCAUGUUGGCCUCUUUGAUAAUGUCCAGCAUCAGUAUAUUCUUUUUCUUUGGGCAACCAACAGUGAUCGCAUGUACCUUCAGAAAUGUGAUGUUUUGUUUUUUCUACACCAUCUGCCUUUCGUGUUUGACUGUACGCUCUUUACAAAUUUUCUGGGUCUUCAAAAUGGCCAAUAGGUUUCCUGAGGUGUACAAAUGCUGGGUGAAGUACAAUGGCCAGUGGCUCCUCAUUGCUGUUGUCUCUGUUGUUCAGUUUAUUUUUUGUGUUCUGUGGGUGACUCUGAUAACCCCUACACCCUCAAAGGAUGAAACAUCUUAUGAUAACCACAUCAUCCUCAUCUGUUCUUCAGGGUAUAUGAACAUAUUUUAUGUAGUGGUGUCCUUCAUUUUGUCUCUCAGCAUUCUCUGUUUCUUUUUCUCCUACAUGUGUGCUGAUCUCCCAAAAGACUACAAUGAGGCUAAAUCGAUCACCUUCAGCAUGCUUUUGUUCUACAUCAGCUGGUGUGUUUAUUUUACAGCAGAUAUGAUUUAUGACGGUGUGCAAAUCCAGCUUAUUAAUUCGGUGGCACAGUUGUCCAGCUUGUAUGGUAUCCUCCUGAGCUACUUUAUCCCCAAGUCUUAUGUGAUUGUUUUUCAGCCAAAGAAGAACACUCAGGCCUACUUUCAGACAACUAUCCAGAGUUAUACCCAAACCAUCAGUAGAAUGUAGGCAACAGUGAUGUGA